AUGAAUUUUUGCAUAGCAAGAUACCAUACAAUUACCAAACUGUUACCUUUCUUGCUUUCUUUCUGUACCUGUCUGUCCGCUGUCUUCAAGAGUGAGAAAGAAACACAUUGCAGAUUUUAGCUGUUAGAAAAACUUCAUAGAAAAACACAGCAUUACACGGACUGUCUUUGCCUAGGAGUGGAUUAUUGGUCACCUACUAGAUUUACUACAAAUUAAUUAUUAGAAUAUAGAAUCAAGCCCAAUUCACCACAGCAUUAUUGACUCUUCCACCGUCAUCAGUCUCCGCUGUUCACCAUCCAUAAUACCCUCCAUCCCCAUUCCCACACCUUCACUCCCCUCCAUCUCUCCUCCUCACACCCAACAAAGAGAGUGUGUGUGUGAGAGAGACAAAGACAACCCACAUUUUCUUUUUGUCAGUACAGGGUCGGUGGCACUUCAAGUUUUGUUCUUGAAUCGAGGGAGAAUCAAAAGAGAGCUAAUUUGCUAAAUACAAGAAGAAAUAGUGAAACUUUAAGGAUGAGCAUGUAUGGUAGAGAUCCUUGGGGAGGAUCCCUGGAGAUAAAUGCAGCAGAUUCAGCAACAGAUGAUGAUAGGAGCAGGAACUUGAAUGACUUAGACAGGGCAUCUUUGUCAAGGCCGUUGGAUGAGACUCAACAGAGUUGGUUACUGGGUCCAGCUGAGCAAAAGAAGAAGAAAUAUGUGGAUCUGGGUUGUAUCAUUGUUAGUCGCAAGAUCUUUGUGUGGACUGUUGGCAGUAUUGUUGCUGCUGCUCUCCUGGGUGGUUUGAUCACUGUUAUUGUUGAAGCUGUGCCUCGCCAUCGUCACAAUCAUACCCCCGCUGAUAACUACACCCUUGCUCUACACAAGGCACUCAUGUUUUUCAAUGCGCAAAAAUCAGGAAAGCUUCCAAAGCAUAAUAAUGUGUCAUGGAGGGGAAGCUCGUGUUUGAGCGAUGGGAAAGGUAAACAAGGUAGUUUUUACAAAGAUCUGGUGGGUGGAUAUUAUGAUGCUGGGGAUGCCAUCAAGUUUCACUUCCCUGCUUCUUUUGCGAUGACAAUGUUGAGCUGGAGUGUUAUAGAAUAUAGUGCGAAAUAUGAAGCUGCUGGGGAGCUUGACCAUGUCAAAGAAAUUAUUAAGUGGGGAGCCGAUUACUUUCUUAAGACAUUUAACAGUUCUUCUGAUACCAUCAACACGAUGGUUGCACAGGUUGGCACGGGGGAUACUUCUGGUGGGAGUACCACUCCAAAUGAUCAUUAUUGCUGGAUGCGUCCUGAGGACAUUGAUUAUGAAAGACUUGUAACUGAAUGCAGCCAUUGCUCUGAUCUUGCUGCUGAAAUGGCUGCUGCCUUAGCUUCUGCAUCCAUUGUUUUCAAAGAUAACAAGGCCUACUCUCAGAAACUUGUUCAUGGUGCCAGAACUCUCUUUCAAUUUGCAAGAGAUCAGCGAGGUAGAUACAGUGAAAGAGGGUCAGAAGCUGCCAUUUUCUAUAAUUCAACUAGUUACUGGGAUGAAUUUGUUUGGGGUGGAGCUUGGCUGUACUAUGCAACUGGAAAUAGUUCCUAUCUUCAGCUUGCUACAAAUCCUGGCAUAGCCAAGCAUGCUGGUGCUUUUUGGGGAGGGCCGGACUAUGGUGUCCUUAGCUGGGACAACAAGCUUGCUGGUACUCAGCUACUUUUGAGCCGUUUAAGAUUGUUCUUGAGCCCUGGUUAUCCGUAUGAAGAAAUACUAAGGACAUUUCACAACCAGACCAGUAUAAUUAUGUGCUCGUACCUGCCAAUUUUCACGAAGUUUAAUAGAACAAGAGGAGGCUUGAUCGAGUUAAAUCAUGGAAGGCCUCAGCCCCUUCAGUAUGUUGUCAACGCUGCCUUCCUAGCAACCCUAUAUAGUGAUUAUCUUGAGGCUGCUGAUACACCUGGAUGGUACUGUGGACCAAAUUUUUACUCUACUGACGUGUUGCGUGAUUUUGCCAAGACUCAGAUUGACUACAUCCUGGGCAAAAAUCCUCGUAAAAUGAGCUAUAUUGUGGGUUUUGGCAAUCAUUACCCAAAACAUCUCCACCAUAGAGGUGCAUCUAUCCCUAAGAACAAGGUCAGGUAUAACUGUAAAGGAGGAUGGAAAUGGAGGGACACCACGAAGCCAAAUCCAAAUUCACUUGUUGGAGCCAUGGUUGCUGGUCCUGACAGGCAUGAUGGUUUCCGUGAUGUUCGCACCAACUACAAUUAUACAGAGCCAACGAUUGCUGGAAAUGCUGGAUUAGUUGCAGCACUAGUGGCUUCGUCAGGUGACAAAACUACCGGGAUUGACAAGAACACCAUAUUCUCUGCAGGUACUAUGGCGGAAGAAUCCAAAUCUUUGCAAUACACACCUACAUGGGUGAUUGCUGCUGUCUGUUUUGUCAUUGUUCUCGCCUCCAUUUUUGCAGAGCGAGGUCUUCACAAACUGGGAAAGUUCUUGAGGAAUACGAAGCAAGAUGCAUUGUUUGAAGCCUUGCAAAAAUUAAAAGAAGAAUUGAUGCUUUUAGGGUUCAUUUCCCUUCUGCUAACAGUUACCCAAAAUACAAUAAGCCGCAUAUGCAUCCCACCUCAUCUUGCUAUUACCAUGUUGCCAUGCAAGAGAGAAACUGAGAGCAGCAACCACGAAAAAAUCUAUAAUCAAGCUUUAAACAAUCGACGUCAUCUACUAUCUGCAACUAAUAGUGCAGAACGUUGUGCUCGUGAGGGGAAGGUUCCAUUGGUGUCUGUGGAAGCAUUGCACCAACUGCAUAUUUUCAUCUUUGUGUUGGCAAUUGUCCAUGUUAUCUUUUGUGUAUCUACAAUGAUUCUUGGAGGGGCAAGGAUACGACAAUGGAAGACUUGGGAGGAUUCCAUAAGACAUCCAUCAAAAGCAUUCAGAGAUCCAGCAAAGCAUGAACAUGAACACCAUUUUUUUCACAAGUUCAUUAAAAGACACGAAAAAGGAUAUUGGAGAAAGUCAGCUGUUUUAAGUUGGCUGAUAGCAUUCUGCAAACAAUUUUAUGGCUCUAUUACCAAAUCAGACUACGUUGCUCUUCGAAAGGGAUUUAUCACAGCGCAUUGUCCCCGUGUGUUGAAUUUUGAUUUUCACGAUUACAUGAUGCGGACACUGCAGAUUGAUUUCAAAAGAAUUGUUACCAUAAGCUGGUAUCUAUGGCUCUUUAUUGUGAUGUUUUUGCUGAUGAAUGUGGAAGGGUGGCAUACAUUUUUUUGGCUGUCCUUUUUACCAGUAAUUCUUCUGCUACUCGUUGGCGCCAAGUUAGAACACAUUAUCACUAGUUUAGGCCACAGAGUUGCAGAGAUGCCAGUUCCUGUCGACGAAGCACGAGUAAAGCCUUCAGAUGAACAUUUCUGGCUUGAGAAACCUGCCAUUGUUCUUGACUUGAUUCAGUUCAUUCUGUUUCAGAAUUCAUUUGAGAUUGCUUUCUUCUUCUGGAUUUGGAGCACAUACGGAUUCCGCUCAUGCAUCAUGGAAAGAGUGGGCUACAUUGUGCCAAGGCUUAUUAUGGGUUUAGUUGUUCAAGUUCUAUGCAGUUACAGCACCUUGCCUUUGUACGCUCUAGUCUCACAGAUGGGCACCAGGUUCAGGAAAGGGAUGUUUGGUGAGGAUAUGGAAGCGGCAAUAGAAAUCUGGGCAGGCGGAGCAAAGGGCAAGAGGGACCCAAGCGAGAACCACGGAGCACGUAUGGAUAAACUAGCCACAGAAUCAUCUCAUAGCGCGGCACAAGAAAUGGUUAUUAUUGGAGGCACAGAGCUUUCUUCUGUGACCCAAGCGCCUGUAUCUUGAAAUUUGGUUCUUCGGCAAAAAGGCAAAAGGGAACAUCCACUUACAUCUCAAGCCUUAAAUUUCCGCAGAUUCAACAUUUAGCCAAACCAUUGCUCAUAACUUAAUAUUCUGUGAAUGUUUUUCACCUUGCUUUAUUUAAUUUGCCAGUCAUUGCUAUUCUUUUCAUCCCACGAAAAAUCCCUCCACCACCUAUUGAACCGAAUGCCCUUGUGGUAAAAAAGAACAUCAAAGCCUCAAUCAAAUGCAGAUAAUUUUAUCGCUUCUUUCUUGUAA